GCCAUUUUGGUGCUAGCGCGGAGGUAAUUUUAGACACGCUUUGUUGUAGUGUUUUAGUUUUGAAUUUCUUCUUGACUCGUCUGCCAUCGAAGAGUUUUUAAACGAAGGGGGAGUGUGGUUUGGUCCGCUUUCGUGAGCCCGUCCAAACGCAGAUCGCGUUAGAAUGUCUCGCCGUUAUGACAUGGGUGAGCAAGAUACUUCGGCGACUCGUGCAGUCUCCAAUCGUCGGAAAGUCACCGUCAAAGUUUGUAUGCUCGACGAUUCCGUGGUAAAAUUUGAUUUAGAGGUAAGUGCUUAUGCUUUGACCGCCAUGAAAGCUUACCUUAGGGCAAGAAACGUGCACAUAAUUUUUAUGUUGUCUAUUUUUGUCGGCAUUUCAUCAGUUCUAAAAGUUCUGAAAUUCUCUGAUGUGCUUCGCAGCCCGCGAUAAUAAAUACAGUUAGCAGCUGUCUUGAGAAAAUAAUAAUUCCUGGUUAUCCAUGUGUUUUGUGCUGAAAUUAAAAGUAAACUUUCGGUAUUCCUCGCCCGACUGUGCUUUCAGUUUGAUGUGCGGAUUUCUUUAAUUUCUUGUGGCCCGAUGUUGUCGUUGAAAAAUAUGCACAAAUUGGCAUUAUCGAUCGAUGAAGCGUUCGAAGUAUUCGAUAUCGAUAGCUCCGAAUGUUUUGUGAAUGUAAUUUAAUGGCUUUCCACGUGCUUAAUUUUACCUUCAAUAUUUUUUUACCUUAGAUUUCCUUUUAAUCUUUGUUGUGACCCGAAAAAACAUGCUGUCUUUCAUUUUCCGUGGAACUGGGUUCAAUCAGUGGAAAUGUUAUGUCCAUCGGACACACACACUCCGUUUGACUUUGCCUCGAUAGGGAAUUCUCAGGAAAUUGUCAUUUUUUCGAAAUCCAGCGAUAUUGUCAAUGAACAAACUAUUCUCUAUAGGACAAGAUCCUUCCAGAAAGGACAAAGAAUAAAAACUGAAACCUAUGGGAGAAAACGAAAUCUAUCUUCAGUAAAAAAGCUCUUACUGCAUCGGAAACCAUUCUUUGUUCCUGUUGGAGUCCAAAAUAAACUGUUCUUGAUUUCUGUUGCCGGCCCUUUCUUAUCGAUUAUUCAAGUUUUAAGGCAUUCAGGAAUUAUGUAUUUAGGCGUUCGUCUCGCUCCAUCUUAAUAUUAGCGCCGCUAAACAUUUUUUUAGUAAUAUUUAGUGGAUUAUGUAGCGGUUUUGCCUCCGCUAUUCGAACAAUUUUCAGUAAGUCACUUCCGAAGUGAAACAGAUUUUAGCAUAUAAUUUCCAUUGACAGCCAUUUCAUCAAAGAUCGAUAUGCACGGAAGAUGUUAGAAAGGUUGUUGACUUAGAUAAGAGUGAAUCAUUUAUUUGAUGUUUGUUCUUUGCCGGGAUGUCGUAGAAUAGGCGAUGGUGCGUCCCAAGGACAUGUUAAUCCGUGAAGAUUUGUGUCGAUGAAGGUGUUGGGUAUAUUGAGAAUCCUACCUUUCAGUUUAUUUAGAACAUUUCUAGCUUUUGUUUUAUCGUUCUGUUGUUAUCAUGACAGCAAACUAUGACUGGAGAAUUUUUUCUCGGUAAUGUUUUUAUUUUGAUCGGCAUCUAUAAAACGUUAGAUUCAAGAAGUCAACAGCGAGUUGCAACUGAAGAUACAGUUAUGUUUCAUUUUUAAUUUCAUUUGCUCAAUUACUUUAAUUUUCAUUUGCUCAAUUGCUCAGUGUCUGCUCCUUUUCAGUGUCGAAAAAAUUCCUUAGUUUUUAACUGAGCGGUAUGAUUAUGCAUCUUCAUGUAUAAACAGUGUAUUACAUGCUAAGCCUCUUUCAAGGUGUUUGAAGGCAGCUAAUUAUAAUUAAAAUCCGAACUGAUAUUUCAUGGAACGUUGUUUAACUACCUUAGAUGCUAGAAAUUCCUUGACCCGGAAUUCUCAGCAUCGAGAGAUUAGACAUGAACUUUGUUUACACAGAUGUACAGUAUAUGGUGUGACUUCAGGACUCUUUUUGCCUUUGCUAAUUCAUUUCUGCUUUCAGAUAGGGUAACUUAUCAUUCUUUCAAUUGAGCCUGCCUAAAGCAGGCACCCUUAAUUAAUUACCACCAUAUCUUAAUCUCUGACUAGUGACUUCUUGGUUAUUCUCUGCAAAAUACUUUUUCAGCCAGCAGUUGAUUAUUCAUUUGCAUUAACAAUUUUCGUAUGUUGCACAUUGCAAGAAUUUCUUGAUUUGACACAUGUGGCUAGGUCUUACAGUAUUGUUUUUUUUUUUUUAUGGAAAGCUUUCCAUAAAAUGUAAGAUAUAUGGGAGUUCUGUUCUCUGAAGGAUUUGCAGCUUUUGAUUUUACACACAUUAUUUUCCUUACCUAAGACUGCACUCAUUACUCUAACCCCAAAGACAACACAAUUGUAGAACUGUUUAUUGGUCUACUUGUUUUGGGUGACUCUAGGAAUGUUUGGCAAGUGUGUCAGCGAAAUUGGAGCAAGGGUGUGAACAUGAACAUGUUUAUGUUUUUAAAAAAGUGUGGAUUGGAAAUACUUUGCCACCAUGCCUCAUUGAGAAUUGUAACAUUAUUCUUGUUUCUCUCAGUCUCAGUAAGAAUGGACAGGUGCAUUGUGGCCAUUUAUAUAUGUUGUGGUUUCGUUUUACUUGUAAUUGUGUCCUUUGUCAAAUGUUAAUUUUCUUUUGUUUUUGUAGCCAAAAGGUAAAGGCAAAUCUCUAUAUGACAUCGUCUAUGAAUGCCUGAACUUGGAAGAACGUGAAUACUUUGGACUAAGUUUUUAUGACAAAAAUGAUAAUUUGGUAAGUGCCUCAUUGUAUUUAUAACAAGUUUGAAACAAGGCAAGAUUUGCAUCCUGGUGAUCUUGUUCUCAAUGUCAAAUCAGAAAUGAAAGCUACAAAGUAUAAGCAAAAAAAUGACUUAAUUGGAAGACUGCAAAUACAAUCAUGACAAUUCCCUUGUUUACUUUUUACCACCACAUCAGGAUGCAGCUCAAGUUGCUUUGGUUUUAAUUUAGAAAGAACUUUGUCUUAGUUGUGCACUUCAGAUCUUGAACUUUGUUCCAGUUAUCUGGAAGUACAAUGUGUUUUUGAGGCUUAAAGUUUAGUAUCAGGAAAAUGGAGGGGCCUUAUGGAAUCAUAUUCUCAACAUCUAAAUAAAACUGGCUCAGGGCACUGAAAUUUAUCCAGAGAAUUCUCCAAUCUCUGAUGCCCAGUAAUCCCUGAUACAUGUUCUUGAGAAGAUGGUCCCAGUAAACAUAUUGUACAUGUAAAUAACAAGCUAGAUUAAAGUUGAGUUCAAAAAUUGCACUUUAGAUAAAAGGCCUCCAUGAAUCAUUUAAGCACAUGGAUUACGCCAAAUGAAAAACAUUGGUUUCCAAAAACUUUUCCUAAUGUAAAUCACACAGUUUUUGCAACAUACCACUUCCACCUCCAUCACCAAUGUACCACUCAAACUACCUCAGAGUUUUAAAAUUCCAUUGGUUGGGUGUAUACAGUGUAGUUCACAUUUAGAUUUCUUCAUUUUGGAAAAAAAAAAUAGUCUGGCAAGGGUGAACAUUUGUAUAUGUAAUAUAUGCAUUGUAUGGUUAGGUGUGAUAAGAAAUAUUUUUGUAGAUGUAGAUAUAAAAUUUCUAAAUGCCUUCCCAUCCUACGGUUGUGUGAAUGUGAAAAAUAAAUAAGUAAAAGAGCAAAAUAAUAUAUUAAUAUAUUUUCUGAUGUGUGUUAUUAUAUGCAACUAUGUCUUCUACAUCAAUACUACAUGUAUAUUCGACCCUUGUACAUGUAUAUAACAUGAUGUCAUAAACAAAAAUAUUUAUGAUGUUAUUUUGUACUUUCAAAGUGUAACAUAGAGGCACUUGAAGAAUACUGCCAUUGAUGCACUUUUGCCUAGCUGUUUUUCACUCUUUCUUUGGGGUGAUAGUACUAUAUAUAUAAAAAUAUAGGUAUAUAUAUAUAUUUUUUUUUUUCGUAUAUAACAAUUUCUUUGACCAUUCAGUCUUAUCUUUUUCCCCUGAUCUGAAUCUUUGUUUACUUUUAGUACAGCCAUUUCCUUUCAAUAAUAUUGUUUGGCAUAAGUUCAAUGUCAACUUAAAGUGCAAAAUUUCUCAGAAAUUUUUUGACUUUGAUCACAUUGUGUAGAAAUUGUGUUGUCAUUAUAUUUUAAUUUCCUUAAAAAUAAUUUUGUACAAUUAAAAAAUACAUUGAAAAAAAAUUUGUGAUAAAUAUCAAUAGUGUAAUGAUUUGAUAUGCAUUCUGCAAAAAAAAGAGAGAGGAAAAUCUGGAAGAUUUCAGUUGCACACCUCAAUUUUUUUCUCUCUAGAGGUGGACUGUUUGUUUUCAGAAAUCAAUAGUUGCAUUGUUAAGUCAAUAUUUUCUUUAAGUAUACUUUUAUGUAAAUGCACAAAAUUUUUAUGUACAUAGCUCACAACUGAUUUUUUUGUUUUCAUUAAUCUUCCCUCUGGCAAUUUCCUUUGUAACGAAAAAAGAGCAUUUAAGUGUUUUUUCUUUGUUACAUUCUGUUCUUGAUGAUGUUUUAACCCUCAAGCUAAUUUUUGUAAUCACAGUGAACCUAUCACAGACAUGAUGGCCUCCUCUUCCAUUCAAUUCCCCUAAUUUGGCACCUGCAAUAAAUAUUGCUAUGGAUAUGUCUUCAUCUGGGAAAAAAGCAAUUUCUUAAGAUUUCUAUCAGCACUUUUUGCAUAUUAUUGUUAAAUUGUUGUUUUUCUUUUUUUUCCAAUAAAAACUCUUAUUACUGGUUGUAAUAAUAAUUUACCAAAGAUGCACAGGGUAGUUGCUUUCACAGGGUUAGCAGUACAUUGAUUUUCUUAUAAGCUGUGGGUUUUUUCUUUUUCUUUUUUCACCUGAUUUAAAUAUUAAAUGAUAUUUUAAGAUUAUUUCUUUUCAAAAGGUACAUCAGAUGUGCGUCUGCAAAGGAGGGUCUUUCUUGAAGUUCAAAAUAAUGAUUUAAAAAAGUAGGGAUAUUAAAAAAAACAACAAAUAGAGAAAAGGACUUUUAAUGAACCAAAGAGGAUAUAAUUUGAUAACUGGUUUAUAACAAGGAGGUAGGGAAAAUGUUGUGACAUUUUUGCCAAGAUUUUUGUUUGAUAAGGAAAAGUCACCUGUAUCUGUGGCUAUAUUUUUAGCUUGAUAGCGUAAGAGCUUGUGAACAGUGAGCUGGUCAUUGCACUGUGCAUAGAAAGUUUUUUUCUAAGCUUGCCUUCAGGCAAGUUGAAACCAUUUCCCACCAGCAUAGGGCCCUAAGUAUGGGCCUUUUGUCAUCUGCAAACAGAAAAAGGAAAAAAUGUUUCAUGCCCUCCAGGCAAAUGUUAAAUCAAGUCAGGUAGCGCAAGUGGAAAAUUAACUAAUACUGGGUUAUCUAUCAGGACUUGUUGGCAUGUGGUCAUAGUUCGGGUAUACACGUACAUGCUUAAGCUACUAUAGGCAAGUUAUUUACAUGUAUCCUUCUUUUUUGGGACCUUUUCCAUGGAAAAUUACUUGCAAGUUUAGCUUUGCCUCAUGCCCAUGACUUAUUCAUUUGUUUAAUUCACUUUGUUUUUUGGCUGUUAUUUACUUGUUUAUUUAGCUAUAACAUCCAUAUAAAAAUCACUAGUGAUCCUUGUUAUCUGAUUGGCUCUUAUUGGUGCAAUUUAUUAACAAAUUGCACAGUUUUUUAGCUUCAAAUCCAAUCUUUUUCUCUUUCAUUUCCAUUAUUCUCAUGAACAUAAUGUGUGAUUCAGGAGUGAUACUGAAGGAAAAAUUGAUUCUUUUGUUUGAUUUUGAAAUCAAGCAUAUGAUUCCAGACCAAAUGGCACCCCAAUCGGUUCAAUUACCAUUAUCAUUUACUGAAGAAAUGUAAAAUGGUUUCUCUGUUUACAUAGCCUGAUGUAAACACGCUGGAGGUUGGGAGAACACUUGAUAAACGUAGGAAACCACGAGGCGAAGCAGAGUGGUUUCCAGCUUAUCGAGUGUUCUCCCAACCUCCCAAGUGUUUACAUGAGGCUAUGUAAACACAGAAACCAUUUUACAUUUCUUUUCUAAAAUAACUAAUGAAAGAGGAAUGAAAACUGUGUUUACAUACGCUCAUGUAAAAUUGUUUUAUGGCCAAUCAGAGCACACGUACUAUUUGAAUUAUUUUAUAAAUGUAUUUGUUUGAUUUUCAAAUGUUUGCUUAAAAAAUGACUAGAUUUCAUCUGUGAUUUUCAGUUUUGGCUUGACGAUAUUAAACCUCUUAACAAACAAGUCAAAGGUGAGAGCAGUGUACAUUCUAUAUUCAUGUUAUAAAAUUUUAUCUAAGAAAUGUUAUUAAAUUUUGCCAUGAGUUACUUAUCACAGGGAAAGGUGUUAUAUUUUGUUGUCGGACAAUGUGCUAUGGUUGAUGAAAUUCUCAUCAAAUACCUAUACUUUAUAAAUCUUUCUUUUAGAUCUCCGUUCAACGCUAUUUAGAUGCUGUGUGAAGUUUUAUCCACCAGAUCCUGCAAGUCUUCAAGAGGAGUACACAAGGUACCUUUAUCUUCUGUACACUUGAUUACAAACAUUAUCUCUGAAUGUACAAACAUCUUCAAUCUCUUUUGACAGGUUUGAAUUAAUGGUCCAUUUGCAAAGGGUUCAUGUCUGCAGCGCCUGGGUUUACAAUGGACUGAUCUUCCUACAUGUACAUGUUCUUCACUUCUCUUGCAAAUAUGGGUUUUGUGUAUGCAUCUAUGAACUUAUAAUCCAAGCUGUACUGGUAAUGGCCUACCUGUCGAGAUGCUAUCAACCUGUAUAUCAUACAUGUACAUGUAGGUGCCUUAUUAGGCUUACAGUAAUUCUUACAGGAAACUUGAAUUUUACAACUUACUGAUUUUUUGUUUUGUGCCCACAGGUAUUUGUUUGCUCUUCAGAUAAAGAGAGAUCUUCUUAGUGGAAGGUGAUUGUUCAUUCAUUCUUUCUUUCUCUUUUUUUUUUUUUUUCCUUUUUUUCGCUUCUUAAGGAAAGUCCUCCUUGUGUGAGUGCAUUGUGCACCAACCAAUUGUAGUUCUUCUUAUGUGGUUAUUAAUUUUAGCAAUAACAUUUUUAUCCCCCCCUUCUAAAAUUUCAGAUUAAAAUGUUCAGAGAAUACAGCAGCCCUUUUGGCGUCCUAUGUUGUUCAAGGUAUGUAUAACUUAAUCUCAUUUGUUUUCUAGCUGCGUGAAAUUAGGAAAUGCUUCAAGUUUUUGGGGAAGUUCUGGGUGAACAUCACUUUUAAUUCCAGAUUCUUAUCUGAGAAAUCUAUAUGUACAGUGUAGCUGAGAUGGGAUCUUUUAUCUUUUAUCUGCUAGACCAGUUUCUCACACAACUGAAAGCUUCUUAACCCUUAAACUCCCAUGAGUGACCAAGACAGAAUUUUUCCUUAUAUUUUCAAUACAAUAUUAAGCAGACAAGUGAUGAGAAUUAAUAACAUCAAUUAGGUACUUAUGAAUUGAUCCAAUACCAAAUUCUCUGAACUAACAUUAUAAGAAUUGUAGGGCGUGCAGUAAGGAGAAUUAGUAAUGAGAUCUUGGGAGUAAAGGGUUAACUUUUCUAUUCUCAAAAAAAUAGAAAUCCAAAAUUGAGUGUUACCACUGAAAUAUGUACAUGUAUGUUAAGGGAUCUCACUAAGUAUUGAAGUGGUUUUUGAGUGGAGAUACAUAUAUCACUGACAGUAGUGCAUGUGGCCAAAUGUAACUAGUCAGGGAUCUACAUCUUCACUAAUACCAUCAAAUUAGCUCAGCUAUAACAGGUGUUGUGGGUUCUCUGUCUUAUUGUUCUCACCUUUUUUAGGUGAACUUAGCGAUUAUGAUUCCAUGUCGUGCAGACCAGGAUAUUUGUCAGAGCGUCAAUUUUUCCCUGGUCAGGUAUGUUUGAUCAGAAUUUGCCCGUGCAUGAAGUUUAUUUAUAUGGCAUUUUCUUGUUUUUAAUCUGUGUGCUUUCAUCUCCUUUAUUUUCUUACUCUUUUCAGACAGCUGACUCAGAAAAGAGAAUAUCCACUUACCACAAAGAGCACAGGUACUCAUUAUUUUGUACCCUCAUGUGACAAUUUUGUAGUCACAGGUUUGGUUUUAGACUCAACUACAAUUUUUAAAAAUAGGAUUAUUUUUCUUCAAAAAAAUUGGUUCUCAUUGAUAACAGCUUUCUCAGAAUUCUAACAUGACCAAUGAUACCAACAUUACAUAUUCAAUUUUAACAUUUUAACAUUUUAACAGUACCAUGUUUAUGUUUUGUGAACAGCUCAUUUGUCAUUUUGUCCAGCUGUAGGUUUACAAAAUGAUAUAAUUAAUGUACAGUUGCUGUGUCAGGAGCAAACUGUGCCUUGAUUACAAUUUUUUUUACUGUUGUUGAACUGUGGGACAUGCUGUAUUUCUAGGGCAUUGAAAUAAAAAAAUAUAUUUGAUAGAUUGAAAUGCAUGUAUAUCAAUUUCCUUUUGUUUCUAUAGGGGUCUGUUGCCUGCUGAUGCUGACUACAACCUCCUAGAUGUAGCCCGAAGACUAGAGAUGUAUGGUAUGAUACUUUAUCCUGCCAAGGUAAGAGAUUCCUCUGAAAUGCUGAACAUUUUAGAUCUGAAUUGAAUGGAGAGGAAAUGAGGGGAAGAAAAAAUUAUACUAAGUUAACUUAACAAUAAAAUUCCCCUGCCCCCCCUUAGAAACACUCAUCCUUCGCAAGUAAUGGUGAUGCACUACUUUUCUUGUUCCUUACAGGACAAAGAUGAUGUUGAACUUUACCUUGCAGCAGCUCAUAUGGGUGUCUGUGUAUUUCAGAAUGGGGCAAAAAUUAAUACAUUUUCUUGGUAAGUACAUGUAGGCGUGUUCUCUCUACUUUGAAAUUCCUAAUCCUCCCAUCAGUACCCCUCACCUUUCCCCCUUUGUCACCCAAAUUAUGGGUGGGGUAAUACACAUUUUAAGGGUUUUGUUGAUCAUCUGCGCUCAUUGGUUACAUUUCAUUUCUGUUUCAGGGCGAAAAUAAGAAAGCUUAGUUUUAAGAGAAGAAGAUUUCUUUUGAAGCUCCAUCCUGAAAUAUUUGUAAGUUACAAAUGUAGUGAAACAUUAUGGCCUGGCAUUUAUGAGAACAGCCAUAGGGUUAUUACUCAAUUGAGUUUUGAAAUUUAUCUGGAAUUCCUUUAGGUUUGCUUUAUUCUCUCUGUGAUUAGUCUAGAAAAUGCACAUUGUAGUCUAAACCAGUUAGAUGCAAGACUAGAACUAAUCCUUACUUAACUUUUUGUGUUUGCCUGUGCUUCAAGUUUGCCUGGUUUAACCUCUCGUUUCUCCUGAAUGAUUGAUGCUGAUUACCUUGGUUUUAGUUUUCUGAGACAGUCCAAAACUGCUCUGAACAAAUCUAUAAAUAAUUGGGUUGUUUUCAUUUUCAUCUUAGGGCCAUUACAAGGAUGUUGUGGAAUUUCUAAUGGCAAGCAGGAAUGCUUGUAAGAGCUUUUGGAAAAUUGCAAUAACUACACAUGCUUUCUUCAGGUAGGUCACUAACGUGUUAGUUUUUCUUCAACACCAGAGAAUUGUGGAUGACUCUUCUUUUUCGUUUAAUGUGCUCUGUUAAAGCUGCAUGUACAUGUAUAUCAUUAGUCUAGAAUUUUGCACCACUGUUCAAAUCAAAACAUAAGCCAACUCCAUUGUAAGACCAUUGUUUUCAAGAGCUGUUUUCAUAUGUUGGGUUCUCUGUGGCUCCAUGGGGUACAGUACCCACAGCUAUUUAAGAUCCAUCCUGGAUUCUCAAUCCUCUGAUUUCAAAUAUUUGGGUACUCUGAGGAUGUAAUCUUGAGCAAAGCUGAUAAAUGUUAAGGGUUGUUCAAAAAUUUUUUGAGAUCUUUCUAGAAAUGUUGAAGUAGAGAAACAAAGCAUGACUAUCCAUGCAAUAACUUUUUCACAGAGCCUGAGGCCCUUAAGCAUCUGUCUUCUUCAUGUGAUGGAAAAUGUUACGGCACAUAUCUAUCUCUCCAUUAUUUUUACCAAUUUUGGAAAAUAAAUUUCAUAUCCAUCAUCUUUUUUCAUCCAAACUUGUUUUUAAUGAGUUAUUAAUGUUAACAACAAUCACAUACAUACACAUGUGAUUGUGGAUCACAACUCUGUGGAUCGCAUUCCAAGCAUAUCAAUAUUUUUUGUGCAAAACUGAACCAUUGUGAAGAAAGUAAACCACAAGUAAUUGAUACGUUUUCUUGUAGACAAAAUGUAAGCAACCCAGUUACCAAGUCUCGUCCAAGAAUCCUCAGCAGAGGCUCAUCAUACAGAUACAGUGGAAGAACACAGAAACAAAUCAUUGAAGGAUGUCGAACAACUUUCAGACAACAGCCUCCAUUUCAAAGGUUUGUUUCUCUGACUUCUUGUUCAAACAUUCAAAAAUGUUACUGUACUUGUUAAUCUUCGUAGUUUAAAUUGAACACUAAAUGUAUAUACAUCGGGUACAUGUGUAUUGAAAAUGUUAGGAAUGACUUGGUAACACUUCUUCACAUGCAAGUAUCAAUUCCUACACUGUCAUGUAUGGAGGCUGUAUAGCUACUGUGCUGAGCUUCAGAUUAGAGGUCUGGCCCUGACCCUGGCCAUGUGAUUGUGUUGUGUUGUGUUGUGUUGUGGGGCAAGAUGCUAAAUUUUCACUGAGCUCUUUCUGUUCAGGCAUGAAAAAUCAAUGGAAACUUGGAUGAGCUCCAGCCAGAUAGGGGCAUGGCCAUUAUACUUGUACUUUUUCUUGUCCAUGAGCAGAUUAAGGACUAGGCUUGUACUCUUACAUAUGCUGACCUAGUACAGAUGGAGUGACAGACAACAGAAAUCUCCUCAAUUUUGUGUUUAGUGUAAUUUUUCCUUUUGUGUCAUUAUUUUGAAUUGUAAUCUUUUUCCCCCUCAGAUCACAAAGCAUGAAAACACCCGCAAGACACAAUAAUUCUAUGGGAAACUCAUCACAACCAUCACCUAUGUUUUUCUCUGGACUAAGUGAGAACACACCCCCAAGGCCACUGAUACCUCUGCAGGAAAAACGGCCCCUAUCCUCAAAUGGACCAACAACAAGUAUUUCACAUGAGGAUAGACCACAGGAAACUCCACCUGAGGAGAACUUGGUCACCGAGCCAUUACCUGAAGAGAAGGGUGCCAUUCCACUCCAAGAUCUUGAUGAUGAACCAGAUAUGAUGAGGGAGGAGUCAGAUACACCUUCAGAAGCCCAGUCAGAGGCAGACCUUGAGUGGCAAACAGAGCCACUUGAAGUUGCUCCUGCAAGCACUACUGAGGCUUCUGUAAAUGUGCAUGAAUUUAAACAAACAACAGAUGACAAACCCAGAGAGGCUGUGGAGAAUAUUGAUGGGGAAUUUGAACAUGGUACACCGCUGAAUUAUUGCAGUGGAGGUGAUGAUCACAAUGUUGAUGAGAAGGUUUUGAUUCCAGAAGAAUGUGUGGGCAUUGAGUAUCAACCACAACCAAAACCACCUUCACCUGUGGAGGUGAGCGAUGUUGACACAAUGUCACCUCCCCCGCCAUCUCCUCCCCCACCACCACCAGAAGAUGAGGAAGAUGAUGAAAUUCCAGGAGAGAUCAGAGAUGAAGGGGUUGGUCAGGAAUUUCCAUCACCACCACCAGAACUAUUACCCUCACCACCACCUGAAAUAUUACCCUCACCACCACCUGAGUUGCUGAAUGACUUUGAAAAGUAAGUUGAUUAACUUAGUGGUUGGGUUAACUGGUUUCUGCAAAUAAUUAUGUACACGAAGGGUAUUUGAGCUUUGCUGCCAUUGACAAAGGGCAUUUUUGUGAGUAACUUACCUGGAACUGCACCAGGCAGACUGCUUUGCCUGUUGAAGCAAAUCAUUCAGAGAAUUUUUUGUGUAACCCUGUACACCCUACAUGUAACACCAGCAUGUAUAUUCUCCAUACUGCUCUCCAUAUGUUACCUACGAUCAUGACAAGGAGGUAAUGUUUUACAAUCAAAACCCUUUUCAACUGGCAAUCAUUUCCUCUCUUUUUGAAACCUUGAUGUCUAAUUCAGUGGCAAUACUGUUAGGAAAAAUAAGAUGGUAGUCAAUCCUUAGGGUGAUAGGAUUUAGCCAGUAUAUUUGACUGCUGAGUCCAGAACUCUGCCUUUUGAUUUGUGGGUUAUUGGAUCUUUCAAAAUCAAGAGAGAUGAAGUUAGAAAAAACCAAAAAAGAAAUAAAUAGCUUGAAAUAAAACAGAGGAAAGCAAUUUCCUCCAAGACCAGACAUCUAACUUCUACUAUAAGUAAAUUGUAUGUCCUGAUCUCCUUUGUUUAACCUAGUGAAUCGUUGUUGCAUUAUGAGUUUGAGGAAAACUGUCACAAUUUUACAAUCUUUUAGUUCAGAGGAAGUUGAGCGUCCAAUACCUGUUGUUCCACAUAAUGGAUUCCAAGAAGAAAAUCAAAAACUUUAUGAUAAGGAAGGGGAAAACAGGGAAGAAAAAAGAGAUUCAGCAAAACUGAACAUCACAUGUAGCAGUAUAGUCACUAAAGUACAGAAUGGUGGAGUAACACGACAUGGAAAAGGUGGGUACAAGUAUUUUUUGGCACAUGAUUUCUUGAUAUAAGUUGAAAAUGCAAGAUACAGCAAGAACAAUUAUUGAGAGAGUAAAGCACAAAAAACUAAUCGCGGACACAAUAGGGCUGAUGCAAAUAGGACAUAAAGCAUCAUGCAAGACCUGUGAGAUCAAUUAAGUUAGCAGGUGAAUGCUGAAAUUGUUGGAAGUUUGGUCAAAAUCUGUUUUUGUCAAUGUAGAACGUUCUCUAAAAACUAGAGAUGAAUAUUGAUAACCUCCAGCAAUUUUUCAGGGGUGGGACUUAGUGGUUAUUUGCAGUGUGGCUUUCUCAGUAAGCUUGAUGAUUAAGGGAAUUUUGUCAGGUACAUAGGCACAAGUGUUUGUAAUGAGGCUUAAUCAUGCAACCUGCAAUAGACUAUGGGAAAAAAAAAAAUUGAUGUUUGUGCACCACGGGGAGCUCUUGGAGUGAGGUGCUCUCUUCACUCUAACUGCUGUAGUACAUAUUUAUGGUGAGAAUUUUGCUGGAUUAAGUAUGUGUAAUUAUCACAAGAAAUAUAAUUACGCCUUUAAUGCUACUUGGCUGAGUUAGAUAAGAAAAUCAACUUUAUGUUACAGUGAUUAUGCCAUUAAAAAUAUAAGUAAAAUAAAUUUGUUUCAAAGGAUAAACAAUACAUACUACUGGAAUAUUAAAUUAAAGUAAACCCUUGCAUUUUAAAUGUUAAGAUGCUUUUACGAAUAAACAGGUCAAUGGUGUUUUUAGUUUAAAAAUAGAUUGUUCAUCUUUCUUUUGCUCUAUGAAGUAAACAGUAAACGAAAAUUGUAAAGUAAUUAAUACAUGUAGUAGCUUAAAAAAAGGCAACGUUUCGCAGUAGACUGAUUUACUGAUGCUGCAUAUUGUAAAUGUUUUUAGAAUGCUGUGCAAAACAUAAUUUAUAAAGUAAUAUUUCAGUGGUGGUAAACAUUUGCGUCAGUUUGCAUUGUCAUUCAAAUGACUUUGGCUGAAAAGUUUUUACAUAAUUGUCAGAGUAAUGACUGUACAUCAUCAACAGCAAUUUCUGGCAAAAGAAAAUUCAUUGCAAGGAUGAUUUCUAAACUUUAGUAAUUGUGUUGAUGAGGGAUGUCUUAAGAUCCAUCCUUGAUAUCAUGAAUAUCAGUGUACGUCUCUUACUUUUAAUUACUAACCUGUGUUAUGGACACAGUUGAUAACUAGUGAAGUGUCCAAUUAUUUCUUAUACUAUUGUUCUUUUUGCUGUCUUUGCUUGAAUGACACGCUUCUCUGUCAUUGAACCACUUUCAUAUGCAUUCUCUUCAAUACAACUCUUUCUCUCAUGACUCUCCUUCACUCUCCCUGACAUAAUUCUUUUCUUCCAAAUCUUUUUCUCUAGAUUAUGAUGAAGUCUGUGGUCCUUGAAGUCAACAAACGACAAACACUGAGUAAACAUGGUUUUCAAGAUAACAAAGGACAUUUUUUUUGCUAAGAAACCAAUGAAUGCUUAAGAUGAUAAAUCACUUGCUAUUGUUGGCAAAGACUGUAUUCAAAACAAACACCUUUGCCAACAUAGCUAUUUGUACCGUAAAGAUUUCAAAUGUACGAUAAAUAAACUCAGUAUUGGCGGAAAUGCAGAUGGUUAAAACUAUGUUAAUAAUUUAAAGAAUGUCGUCUUUGCUCGAAUUCAAAAGCUAAUCCAUUUCCUGCCUCCGACUGGAUUACACUAAUAGAUUGGUCUAACCUAAAUACGGCUUAAACGCCCCUGAGGCGUGUCGUAAUAAGAAAACAGACUUUAAAUUUACGUGAGGUUUCUUGAGAUCUUAAUCUCAAGUCUUUUGUUUAUUGUGAAUUGUCAUUGAAUUAAAACCUCACGGUUUUACACCUUUUUUUAGCCCUUCAGACAAAAGUAAAGUGGUAGUUUUAUGUAAGAUGGUCAUCAUCUUCUGUGAACAAAGAAAAAAUUGCAGCGUAAUAUUGUUAACUGAGCCGUAAGAAUUCAGGGUAAUAUGGUAUUGAAGCAUUGCUCGUUGAGUAUGUUGUUUUGAUUAAAUGUUUGAUACUGGCCAAUAAAGUAUAACUUCUUUUACUAUACAUCUCACUAUGUAUACGCAAAGGUAACGCUAAAGAAAUGAGACCAAACGGAGAGAUUAUUGAAGUCAGUUAAUAUUCUUGCGCGUACUCUGCAUACUGCUUCAUGUGCAGCCUUUGAACCAGUGCUUAUUACAAGUUUUGUAAUAACUAAGACAAUCUAACCAAGAAAUGUCUAUUGUAUUGGUUAAUUAAGACAGUGAUACAUUGAAGUUGAUAGUCACAGUUGCAUAUGCGCUCAAAUGUAGAUGAUUUUUACUUGCGGGCUAUACAAUCCUAAGGAGUUAAUAUUACCUUUAACUUCUAAAUUGUGUUGCGGUGUAUAUCUGCAACUUUGUACUUCUCAGUGCUGUUGUUAUCAUAUAUAUGACUCUGAGAGUUCUUAAAAUAAAAAGCUGAAGUUAUUUAAAAGUUACAGCUUUGUUUAACUAAGAAUUUUACUGAAUUUGUAUAACUUGAAAUGCUUAGGUACAGUACUUCGGAUAGAGAUUCAGUGCAAUCGCAGUCCCUCCUUUAAGGACUCUCUUGCUUUCAUACUUCCCUUCGUGGUUUUUUUUUUUUUUUUUUUUAACAAAUCCUUGUAACUCCCCCGUGUCACAAGCUUGUAACAGAAUCUCGUGGGUAUUGUCUUGAUGUAGUACAGAGUUUGAUGCUGAAUUCAUGAUUUAUGAUGAAUUCGUAGCAGCUAGAUAAAGUCUCCUUCGUAGCCGUUUUUUAGGGUUCGUGACACAGCUUAUGGUCACGUUGGCUAGGAAGAGAACAUUUUCAUACACAGACUGUAGAGAGGAUAUCCAUUCCUUUUAAAAUAACAUAAUGGCUACGCAUUCCCAGAGUGCAGUAGCCACAAAAAUUGCCCGUGUAUCGGGGUCUUCGAUUAACUGAGGUGUGAAAUUUAGAUUACAUCACUGAGCUUUUGAUUCAUUCUUGUAGCAAAAAUGAUGCAACGAGAUUGACUGUAGAUACAAAUUUUUUGGUUUGUUUUUGUUUCCGCCGCGGAAACUAUCACGGUUGCAGAGAUCCCUAUUCAAGAAACUCUUCAUUACCUAUGAAGAGUUUUAAUUAGAUCGUAGCGACAGAUUUCCUCGCAAUUAUCUUCGUAACGACGAUAAGAAAUAUCCACAUUUUGGGGAUGUCUGUUAAUUUAAAGACUGACAAACCUAGUAACCUGAAUUUUGGACUCCAUCUGUGAGCCCUGACUUGGACAACUGCCUGGACAUCUGGAAACCCUUGGUGUUUCGAUUUCACUUAAUUGAGCUUGGUAAAUGGCCUCAAAUUAUUAGGUUAGUUCUUGACAGAUAUUUCCUCGACUGAGACUGUUAUGUUGAAAGUACCCUUAAAUUCUCCUCCUAAAUGGUAACUGAACAUAUAAACUACAGAAUAUUACAUAAAAGACACUGUCUAAAAAAGCUUUCUUUCUAACGAUAGGAGUUACAUUAAGUUUAAAUUAUCAGUUUACACUUUUGAGACCAUGUAUAUCAUUACCUUAAUGUUUAGUUUGGCAAGGACACUGUAUGGAGAAAUUUGAUUCUGAUCACCCUUAGGGGUUAAAGAGUAUGCAAGUAUGCAUCUCCCUUCCGCUGAAUUCAUCUUGUGUCUCAUUUCAGGUAGCAGAGGGUCUCGUCACAGCACAGACAGCGGUGCAACAUCAGACUCUGGAGAAGCAAGGGAUACUAUGUAUGACGAGCUGUCGUCUCCAUUCCGAAGUGACAUUGAAACAUCGCCCCCAGUGUCUCCCACCUCACCAAUUUCAUUUCAAAAGGGUGCUUACAUCUCCAAGGUAAAGGCUGAAUCUACUCAUUUACUGAAUGGCGGUGCUGGAAGGGAAAUUAUCUGGCUCUAGGUGAGAAAGUACGUACCGAGCGCAACGAGGUCUUCAUGUGAUGAUCGAGAGCCAAAUAUUUUCCUGUCCAGUGGGACCAAACUCGUCCAAGGAGCAUUUUCAAGACGGCCGCUCUUCGGGAAAUAAUUAUACUAAAAGUAUGAUUUUGUAUUGAUCUUUAGGAAUUGUACAGCGCAGCUCACAAUGUCGCCAGAGAACUGUUGAACACGGAGAGAACGUAUGUAUAUACAUGAAGUUACAACUAAAAAGACACAGACUGCACUCUAAACAUUUGAGGAAAAAUAAUGUAAAUCCCUCUUAUUUGUGAUUCGGAAUUUUUUACUUCCAAUAUUUUUAAUACAACUUUGUUACCCCGAUUUUACUUUGUCUUUUUCCUACCUGUGUCAGCUUGGCGCAUAUAAUGCAAAACUAUUCACUGAUUUUUUCCGUCAUUGAUAGAUUUGUAAAAGACCUGGAAGUUAUCACCAUUGUAAGUAGCAAGCUUUAUCUUUGUUACUCUCUUUCUCUACCUGAGACUACUUAACUGCAAUUAGCGGUCAAUCGAUACCUGUUAUUAACCGAGGUCGAGGUCCUUACCGUUUGUUACUGAGUUCGUUAAAAAAAAAGAGGUUCCUCAAUUUACAGUACGAACCGAUAAAACGAAAUUAGUAAAAUAUUGAUUUUAUAUCUUGGUUGAAAAAGAGGGGGAAUAUUUAAUUUCGAACAAACUUUGAAUUUAGCGGGCUAUACAGUGAAUUACGGCGCGCUAAAUUGACCAAUCACAGCGCACGUACUUACUGAGAGAUAUGAUAAAGUCAUGCGUACUCGACUAACGAAAGGCCUGCUUCGCAAAUUAUGCUGGAGUGUCCUUACACAAAUAGUUUCUCGUUAAUUGAAAAAUGAAAGUUAAUUGAGAAAAUCUCAUACCCGCCCUCCAGACUAAGAAAUGCUUCCCAAGGUGUGCCACUCGAAGAGAAAAAUAUAAUUUCAAUUAGCCUUGAUGAAAUAUUAAUGAGAAUGAAUUCAUUGCUGGAACAUGAGGGACAGUCCUCAUUCCAUUGCCUUCGGAAAAAAAGUAGGUCUCGUGGCUCUCCUAUGCAAAGGGUUUAUUGCUGUCUCGCUUGAUCAAGGCAUAUUAAAUAGCUUUUAUCGUCUGUUGUUUGUUGUUUUAUUAGGCCUUUAGAGAUGUUGUGAAUGAAGACAGUAUUCUUCCUGAGGAGAGAAGAAAGCUUCUGUUCUCUACAUUUGAUCCAAUUUACGAUUUCCACUGCUCAUUCUUAUCCGAGCUCGAACAGCGAAUGAACCUGUGGUAAGAUAAUGUCGUCGUUAGUAUUACAGAAGUGAGUUAAAUUACUUCAGUUUGAAAGAUUGUGUCCCAAACUUUCAAGGAAGUGCACGAUGUUUUGUGAGGUAUUUUGAUUCAAUUGUUGUUGUCAGCUUGUUUGUUCAAUUGUCAGAAUAUCUUGCGUUUGGGUGCUCCACUGAUAUGGCUACGGGAAAAAAAUUCCUUCAUCGAUACAACUGUGGUACACUAUUUAGGAAAGGAAGUCAAGCCAAUAGAUUAUCGCUACAGAUUUGCGCUGUGGUGUGUUUCAGAGGUUUUUCACCUUAGAAGACACUCCUAAAUUCAGACCAAUGUCAGUAUCUCAGCAAUGCGCACUUACCCCUCCCCUAACCCAACAUAAUCCCAGUUUGUCAUCAGUUGAACUGUUGUUGGGUUAGGGGAGGGGUAGGUGUGCAGUUGCUCAGAUACUGGCGUUGAUCCGUAAGCUCUGUCCCAGUCGUCAAUUUGAUGGUGGUGUUAUUGUUUUUGAAUGUUUAGGGAUAAAAGUGGAGCGUCUAAAACGAACGAGAGUCCAAGAAUGGGAGACCUGCUGCUACGUAACAUGAAGCAGAUAAAGGUAAGCGAGGACCUAUCGGCAUAAAGCUGGUAAUUUUUAAGCCGUUUCUUCCAUCAUGGAUGAUAGUAUGUGCUUAAACAUUUGACAACGUGGAAGGAGUGUUCUGAUUUGUAACUCAAACUCCGAAUGUCCUUUGCUUUUCAUCUCCGAGCAACUCGCGCGGGAUUUGCGCCCGAAAAUAUUGCAGUCGUUGCAGGAAUAAAUGGAUGAAUUAAAGUACUCUUUUUGUGCUAUGUGAUCUCACUGUUUUGGUGUACUUUAAAACAUCUAUUUUCCCCACUACGGUGAUCAGUUAAUUAUUUCCUGUUCACGCAUGAAUCGUGAUGAUCAAAUUCUAUGUUCAUUUUACAUAUGAAAGCUUUGAGCCAAGGUUCACGGAGAACUGUUACUCUCACUUAGCGUGAAAAUGAAAGGAUCUUCUUUUGUCAGCGCGUCAUAGAUAGACAAAUAAAUGAGUGAAAUUCCACUGAAGGCUUGACUUUCGCCAAGAACUUCAUUUACUGUGGGCAGAGAGAACCAUCGGCUACUUUGUAACACAAUAUCGAAACAGCUUGGGGGUAUACAGUCAGAGAUUGAAAUGUUUCCUACUAACAUGGAACAAGAUUGUGAUACUUGUUACACAUUAUUUUUCUGUUUUCGUGGGAGUUAUCGUGGGUGUCUUGCUUGCAAACCCGUGUACUGAAGAAGUACGCGCACGUUCGUUCGUUGUAUUUGUUCGUUCGUGCGUUCGCACUUUUACGGGUUUAUUCAUUCAAGUUUGUCGUAAAAUUUUUAAUUCAUUCAAGUUGGCAAGUUUGGUUUGGAGAAUUCUCAUCUUUAUGAUAUGUAGUCUACUCUGUUUCUAAAUUUUAUUGUUAAUUUAUUGUCUACUUUACUCUACCUUUGACUAGCGAUACCUACACCAUGUGAAGAGACACGCCCAAGUGAUGCUUGAAUUAGAGGAUGCAACAAAUAACUAUAGAGACUUUGAGGUCGCCUACAAAGAGUUCGAGGUGUGCUCUUUAUUGAUAAUGUUUUUAUGUGCCCUUGUCGAUGUCUCAUUUUAUUGGUUCCUCUUAAACAAUUAAACCUUAUUUUCCUCUUUUUUGUAGACUCAAAAAGUUUGUUACCUGCCAUUCAGUGCUUUCAUCUUGAAGCCAUCGCAAAGAAUAGUUCAUUACAAAUCUCUUCUAGAGAGUAAGUCAAAGAAAACUUAUGACAAAUGCUAUCCGUAUAUAGUACAGCCAAGGCUAUACCAACGGCCAAUUACAAAUAAUUUAAAAAAGAACGAGAUUGCUCGAAAUAAGGAAAAGCAAUCUGCUUCAUACAGUUUGCUUUCUUCAAUAAAGUGUGUCCGAGGGACAUUUGAAUUUUGGUCUCCGUUCUGUUUAUUUGUGAAAUAAUUCUUUUUCCUCUUUUCAGGACUUUUAAAGUUUUAUCCCACUGAACACGUCGACCAUAAGGACACUCAAAGUAAGUAAACUUAACUUUGGUUUGGCUCUACAGCCAUUUGGUCCAUGAGUGGUUUGGUGGUUAAGAUGAGCAGAGUCCAAGUGUUAAUCCGUUACCUACUAUCGUACUGGAAUUUAUUUUUCAAACGAUUUUCCUUUAUAUUCUACGUUAGCUUAAGAUAUUUCUUUUACGUUUAUCCCUCCUUAACCUAUCGUGAUUCUCUCUUGUGGUUGCUAUUCAUAUCCUUGUUAAUCUAUUUCUGGGAAUUUUGCGUUUAACCAAGAUACUCUUUGAAGCUUUAUGUCAAAGUUUGCAAGGAAGUACAUGUAUAUCGAUUGAAAUUGCAAGGAGAGGUUUCUUUUUAUUCGAUUGUUGAAGCUAAAGGAUUUAUCUCCACUUUCAUGCGAAUUUAAUUUUGUUUAAAAUUGUAGCUCUUUAUGCGAAUUACUAAUGCACUUUCCCUUGCUGAUACUUUUGCGAACUACCAUGCUUUAUCAACAAUGGACAUGAAAUUAUCUGAAAUGAAUUUGUGGAAAACAUUUAUUUUGUCUUUGGGAAAAUUAUUAUUCUGAUUUUUCUAUUCCUUAUCUAGGUGCCUUGGAGGAAGUGAACGAGGCAGUUAAAGCUGUAGAGGAAAGUAUAAGGAAACUGGUGAGUUGAGUAGGAAACUGUUUACAUUUUACAUUGUUAUUGUAUCUGCGUUUGUAUUGAACGUUCUUGUUUUUUUGGAUAAAACAUUUCUCCAGUCUGGCAUAUCAAACAAUCUUGAAAGACUUAAAAUUUUCCUAUUCUCGUUGUUUGAUAGGAAAACUUUCAGAAAAUCAUCGAGCUUGAAAGAGAUUUGCUUGGAGUUGAAAAUCUCGUGCAACCUGGAAGGGUAAGUGAUUGGUUAUACAAAAACGGGUGUAUAUGACUAAUAAGUCAGGUUUUUUUACACAAAACAACAAAAAAUAAAUAAAUAAAAUAAACAAACAACCCAAAAACAAACAAAAGGAGGAGGACUCAGACCUCUUCAGGGCGUGAAAUUAACUUUUUUUUCUGAUAGCCACUUGGCUCCUAAAUUCUUCAAAGUGGUAGCCAAUUCAAAAAAAGUUGGUCGCCAUUUUCAAAGACAAACAAAAUCUUUCUUUACGCUGUCAGCGUUCUAGAUAGACCCUCCAAAAUUAAGUUAGGGAAAAGAUCUUUAACGUGCUACAAAGUGGACACUAGGAUAGAUGAUAUACAACGUUCAAGCUCAUCUAAAUCCAAGAUGGCGUCUAGUUAUCGAUCGAGAUGCAUGUGCUACGUUUUGGAAACAACUUAACGAGGAUGUUUGCCGGAUUUAUCUUUGCAAAUCUUUUUAAUUCACUAUAUCUCUUGGUAAGGUUAUGAUGAAACGUUCUAGUCGCCAAUUUGGCGACUAACUUUCAGGAUUUGGUCGCCAAAGUGAAAAAUUUAGGCGCAUUGGCGCCUGUAUUAGGCGCAAUUUCACGCCCUGCUAGUUGUUUCCUAUCAUUUAUGCCUCAGCGUGUGUUUGAGGGAGCCAUUGUUCCCAUGUUUUUAUGUCUCUUUGUAGGAGUUUAUCCGAGAGGGCUGUCUUCAGAAAAUUGACAGGAAAGGUCCACAACCAAGGAUGUUUUUCUUGGUAAGAGAACACUCUUUGUUCACGUUUCAAUGCAAUAUAUGUUCUUGACAUCAAUUUAAAAUCUUGUUGUGUUCUUCGUGGCAGUUUUCCGAUAUUCUCCUCUACACGUUCAAAGGCGUCACGUUAACAAACCAGUUUAGAGUGCGGGGCCAGAUCCCUCUGGAUACCAUACGGGUAUGUUCUAUUAAUUGCUGGUUUGAUCUGCCACUGAUUUACAUUAGGAAAGGGUAGCGCAGUGUUAAACCCCGAGAUAAUAACGUGUUCUGUGUGUUCAAUUUACCCGUAGCUUGAAAACAGUGGUCCGGAGAUGCACGGGUUAUAUUCAUUUACUAUCAUCUCGGAAGCAAGAGAAAUUCAUUUAGCGGCAGGGUCAGAGGAGGAAAAAUACAAAUGGAUGGAGGAUCUGAAAAGAGCUGUAAAACAAGCUAGAGAUCGGGUAAGCUAUUCUUUUUGCUAAUACUCUCCAAGAUAUGUAGGUAGGGAAAUUGGCAAAAAAUAUACCCGAUUGUUCAGGACUUUGAAACGGAUUUUUGUUAUCAGGGAGUCAAGACCAAGAUUUUCUACUUUUCUAAAGUGGAUGAUCAUUUGAUUAUGUUUGUUUUUAUUCCUACGAUAUUUUGAUUUGUUUUAGUCUUGCUGAAGUUCAAACAUGUUAGUAACAAGGUUUUAAUCCUUUCAGGUGUUUUGCGGAGCUUGCUCUCAGAAGAGAUCCAACUUUGCCUACCGAACCCCCAAAAUGAGAUCAACUCGAUUCCUAUGCGAAGAAUGCUACAGCGAUCUAGAGCAAGGUAAUGAAUAUUUUCAUGCUAUUUUGUCUUGACCCUCUACACCCUAAAAUCAGUAUGCAUAUUCUCCAUACUGUUCUGUAAACAUUUCCUAAGAUGUCGACAUGGAGAAUUUGUUUAACAAUCAAGAUCUUCUUUAGUGGGUGAUUAUUUCCUUUAUUCUCCCGACCUUAAUGUUUGAUUCAGGGGUGAUAUGGUAAGGAGAAAUUAGAUGCCAGUCACUCCUAGGGGUUAAAGGGUUAAAAAACCACCGAAAGAACUCAUAUCUAGUUGUCAUGUUCUUUGUUGCUACCAGUCAGGAGAUAACAGGGUUAAAUUAGUAAUAUGGGCUGGAAAAAGUGUUUUUUUUUUUUAAUUUAGUGGGGUAAAGGAUUAUCCACUUAUCCUGUAAAUAAUGUUCUUUCGUCCCCCUUUGCAGAAGAAUUACAUAAUGGAGACACUCCCUACCCCCAGAUGGGAUCAGGUGACAAGGUCCUGCCCCUACCCACCCCUGUGGAAAUAACAGGAAUAGCAGAUGGUGAUGGAUCGGAUGACGAGAUCAAUUCUAGUCCAGUGUCAAGCUUGGAAAGAAGACAUGCGCACACUCACACCAUGUCCACACGUAGAGUCUGUUGGCAUAGAAAUACUAGUAUUAGUAUGAUUGAACAUUCGCUUUCUGUGCGAGUAAGUGUAACUACUGUUUACGUGGGAAGUCUAUUCCAUUCCAUUUUAUUUAUAUAGGCCUGGUAGCCAUUGCAUGUACAUUGUCAUAGAAAAAAGCAAAAACAAAAAGAAACAAAAAAAAAAAAAAGGCCAAGAAGGAAUUUAUGGGCAUGUUAAACUACCCGCUUGCUUCACGUGCGGCAGCCGAACGACUUAAUCGGAAUUUCUAUCGAGAACCUAUUCCAACUUCUUGAAAGUAUGAGAUGUUGUGAGGAAUAUAUACACUAAGAUUAAAAAAAAAAAACAGAGUGGGGUAAAUUGUAUUAUAACAAGGUUCUUCUGAGAACAGGUCCUCACUCUAUUCCUGUUUUAUUUCAGAAUCAGAUGAGUGGAGAAUUGCUGAGGAAAUUCAAGACUGGAAAUCGAUGGCAGAAACUGUGGGUCGUGUUCACAAACUUCUGUCUUUUCUUCUACAAAACACACGAGGUAUAAGUGUGCAUCCAUCGGAAAAGUUUGCUAUUCUUCAACUUUUAUUGUUUUAAGAAAAAUACAUGUUCAUACAUAUUUGUGUGGUUUUUUUAUGGGAGGUUAUCUAUCAGACAUUGGCGCUCGCCAGUUGAAAUUAUCUAUGUACUUAUCUCUCUAAUUGUUAAGUAUUAACUCAAUACUUUUUUUCCUAGGAUGAGUUUCCAUUGGCGAGCUUACCACUGAUUGGUUACUCGGUUGGGAGACCAGUUGAGGUAAUAAUUUGGACAUCAGCAUAUUUUUCCUCUGGAGCAUAGCAACUCUGUAACUUUCUUCGCCAUUAACUUGCCUUAGGCAGAUAGGAGACUGUAGAGGACUUGAGAUUGUUAUAAUACGGUUCUUAUUGUUAUUAAAUUGCUAUUAAAUAGCUAUUUCCGCAAGUGAGCAAGAUGAGUCCAGCGCUCUAAAUAGCUACCCGAAGAAAAUCAAAACCAAGAAAACCAGGGCGAGUUUUUUCAAUGCAAUAUGUGACAAAGCCAAGAUCUUUGAUUUUAUAAUUCGGCCACGUACAAUACAUCUUUGUUGUCCAAACUUUCUUUUACACGACGGCUCAGAAGUAUCCAGAUAUCUUCACCGUAUACUUGGUCUAUAUUACAUAUUUAUUGACUUGCUGUCACUUUUUAGUGGGAUACACAACGGCCUAACGGUGAGAGCGCGGAACUCCGGGUAGAGAGGUCUGGACUCAAGACUGGGCUAGUAACAAUUCGGACUGGGUACCAGCGAACUAACCGUGAAGCCUGACGCAAUGCUGGGCAUGGAAUAGAAUUUCACUGAGGGGGGAGGGGGGGAAGGGAAAAUUAGUAAAAAUUAGUAAUGCUAAGAGCUCCUUCAAUGUAGAGAUAAGCUCCAGCCUUGUGGGCUUCAAGACAAACUGAGCAUUUGACCGUGACUCUUUUUUUCCUUUACAGGCCGAUGGUAUCGACAAGGACCUCGUUUUCAAGCUGCAGUACAAGACCCAUGUGUACUUUUUCAGAGCCGAAAAUGAAUACACCUUCUACAGGUGCAGCAAAACGUAUUAAUAUCAUGUAAACCAAAUUGUGUUUACCAGUAGCUUAAACCUUGACCACCGAAAUGGUGUUACUUAUUUUGUGAUGUUUUAUUCGCAAUGUUUGUCAACGAAACCUCGUAAACAAAGUGUCAGCAAGAAUGAAAACAGGUUGUUUCAGUAAUGGAAGUGUCUGGUAAGAGCAGGAGGGAAAAAAACAUACGCGUUCGUCAAUUGAAGAGCUACUUUCUCUCUUGAUAUAAAUUCAUAAAGCAUUUCUUUUGCGUCUUUGAUUUCAGGUGGAUGGAGGUGAUUACAGGUGCAACCCAAAGCUCAUCCAGAGUGCGUCUUUUCAGUCGUCAGAUCAGUUCUGUUCAUUAAGCAAGCUGCGAUUUGGAACAAGCUUCUUCUUUGUUGUACGUUCACCCGAGGUAUUUUAUAAUCGUUUUAUUACAUGCGUGCGCUGCUUUUCUAACGGGUGCCGCGAAGCCAAUCUUGGAGAAAAGUGAGGUAUUGUUCCUGAACAGUCUCUCAAGCUUUUUUACAAUGGUGACUAGGAUCGUAGCCAAAGCAUUUCAAAACAAGCCAAACAAGGCUUUUUUACCGAAGGGAUGCGUCUGCUACAAGCUGUGAAUGUGACCCUUUGUAACCGUGGAGACGAGGAAUAAGUUAAAUUGCUGCAAGGAUCAAGGGCAGGCCUUCGCCUCAACAUAGGCCGGAGGAUUUCUCCCCAACACUUCAAAAAUUCAAAGGCAUGGAAUGGAAGUAUCGUUUGACUUGUAAUGAUUUCCCAGGCGCGCAUUCAAGCUGACCUAAAAUGGGUUGUUGGUUCUCUUAAAGAGGCUGCAGUGAAUCUCUCAUCUUGAACGUCUCUUUCAAUGUGGAAUGGGCUUUGCAGCAUCCAGUAAUCUUCUCUUAAUUGUACCCGAUAGUGUUGUUGCUAAAUGAUUCAAGUAGUUGCCGCGAGUGAGACUUGGGUAAUGGUUAGAGACCAUAUAACAGGGCAUGAUAAGCAGCAGUUAUCUUGGCAUUACUUCAACGCCAAUUUUAAGAGUUCUUCUUAAAGAAACUUAAUUACAAACACAUUUUUUUUAAGAGGUCUAUUUCCUACUGCUGAACACUAUAUUGUUAUUUAGUCUCUCGCCUGGUACUCCAUUAACUUACAAACUCCGAAUUUCUUCUCCACAGUUCUUUCAUUUUAGCUUCCCCCUCGUUUUCUUGUAAAUUAAUUGAGAGUUGGAGUUCUCUAAAGAUAAAACUUGUACAUAAGGAUUUCUAUUCUCCCCAUCUGUUCUCAUUAGAAUGUAUUGCAACUACGAGAAGUUUCAUGUUAAUCACUGAUCGGAAUGAAGACAAAGACAUUUAAAAAUGCGGGUGCGGAGGAAACAGUUUAUAUAACAAUGUUUACAGUUUGGUUUUCGUUCUUGAGCGAGAAAGCCAAUGAAUUGUACAAUUAUAGAAUAUCUUACUUAUUUUCAAUUUUAUUACCGAUUUUAACAGAAAUUGUCGUACGCCGGAAAGGGGUCUCGUGGUAGAGUUUAAGGUUCGGUAUAUUGAAAAUACUUAUACCCUCUGCGGCCUUGGGCGAAUUACAUAAGGGGAAAUUUUAGACGUUGGGAAGGUGAAGAAUUUUACAUAAGCUAAUUGUAGCUCGCAUAAACAUUUCCGUUGCAAAACUAAUGAAAAGCUUAAUUUUAGGUGUUUAAUGCUACAUCCGGAUUUGAUAUUAAUGUGGAAACUAUUUUUCGCGUUGUUGGUGUAGCGAGAGUGCUUUUACGUUAUUUGUAUUUACCAUCACGUUGAACUUGAGCCAAAUUGCAAAAUCUGUUUGAAAGUUACAAUUCGACUGCUGAAGCAAUGAACCUGAACGUAACAUUACCCAAGUGACCUUGAAGGUAUUAAGCAAGACAGUGGUUAAGUUAACCCUUUAACUCCCAAGAUCUCUAGAGUAAUUCUCCUUACUGUCUGGCAUACAGUUCUUGUGAUGUUAGUUUGGACAAUUUGGUAUUGGAUUAACUCAAAAUCCCCUAACUAGUAUUUUUCGAUAUUCUCAUCACUUGUCUGCCUGUUAUUGUAUUGAUAUUGUAAGGAGAAAUUCUUUCUUCGUCAUUUAUGGGAUUUAAAGGGUUAUUGACGGAUUCUGUGUUCGUAGUGACCACCCGAGCGGGAAAGAUAAGCAGAUCUUCCACACUCCGCUUUGCUGUCUUUUCUCUCGCCAGUGUGGAUUUCUUUGGUGUAGUAUUUUACUUCAGAAUAAUUUUUUCCUCAAGCUUGUUCGGUCUUGAUGGCUGGUUAUGGGACUCUACUUCGUCUCACGAACUUAGCCCAUAUCUUGCCAUUCUGACCUCUAUUUUGGACAACAAUGGGCAGUACAUUUGAGAGUAAGUUGUUACUCUAUAUCAACAAAGUGAAAAAUAGUCUCAGACUCUCACAAUAACGUCAGGCAACUUUCAAACUACGUGGAAACUUCGAUUUAACGGCCAGAGACACUUAGAACUGGACAUGACAUGCAAAUGUUACACACCCCGAUUUAAACACGAAAGGAUAAGGAGAAUAAGACUCGGUUACUUAAACAGUUUGUAGAACUUAUGAGAAUGCUUCCAAUCUUGUGAGUCUUAUCAAAAAGCUGUCUCGGCACAUUAUUGCCCUCGGUUGCUAUAAAAAUUAAAAAAAAAAAAAAAAAGAAGGGAGUCUGUAACGCUUCUCAACCGUAGGUACAUACAUACAUCUUGAUACACCUAUCAGGCAGUGAGAGCGAGCGUGCUCUAUUAAUUUUCUGUACAUCGAUAUCCUUAAUCUAUCCUUCCUAUAUUAAUUUGUUUUCGUUGCAUGAGAGUUGCAACGUAUUAAAGCUUUCGAAUUCUUAUUAAGGUGAAGGGUCUUCUAGCUGUAAUUGAGAAAAGACCGAGGAUAGGCCAAGAUGUGUGUUUAUUUCAAGUUAAAAGAGUCUCCUCACUAUGCGCGAUAAUCUCGAGAUGGUUGCGCCUCAAGGAGUUGUUAUCUGAAUGGGACUAGUCGGGCUGUCGUUUGGUAUGUGUUAUUUAGUAGCGUCGAUGAAACUCUAGGGCAAGUUUUUGUUGUUUUUGUCUUUUUGUUUGUUUGUUUGAUUACAGAUUGUUAGUCUAAAACCAGGGUAAAUUGCACCUUGGCAAUUACACUUCUCGCUGUAAAGUUACUACAAUAGUGGUUCGGUGAACGUGCAAUUUUAACAUUAUUUACCUGUUUACCUGAGUGCUCUUCAUGGCAGGGCUCUUCCAUAAUGAAUUGGAAAUUGCCCAAUUGCCCAAUUGCCGUGUCGCGCAAAGGUCGGUCUUAUUGUUGAUUUGGUCGAGGAUCGAGAUUUGGAUCAAGCGAUUGGAUGCGAGAAUCCGUUAUAGCGUGGAGACUCUUUUUACUUGAAGGUUUGUCUUGCAGGUCAGAAUUUUGUACAGAGUAUUGAGAUUAUUCAGAAGAAUGGCUAAAUAAAUGUUAAAUUUAUAUUCUUUAGAGUUAUUAUUCAUGUCGAGAAAUUCAUUGUAAGUUCAAAUAAAGAUUUGGAC